AUGGGGUUUCUCAAAGUUUGCAUUCGCUCUCUAAUAGUCUUCUAUUUUAUUGUUACAAGCCUUAUGAUAUUAAACAACUCAGCUUCUUGGACAAGCGGCUUUGUCAGUGGCUAUAACCAAGUUCACUUCCACAUAAAAUUAGUUACCGGGAUAACAUUUCCAAAUCUUACCACAGUCAUUCAAAAUUAUCCUGAAACCUGCUUAACAAUAGUCGGAGCACUUGGCUUGGUUCUAAGCUUUUUGACAGUACUUAAUAAUAAUGUUGGGACUCUUGGACUGCUUCUCUUUACAAUGCUUAAGGCAACACCUAAGUUUUACCAUAUUCAAGACAUCAGUGCAGCAAGCUUAAACGUAAGUGGAGAUUUAUUAUUAAUUGGGGCUUUAUUUAUGAUUUUAUUAGAUGAAGAAUAUGCUCGCUAUGCCGAGAUUGAGUCAGCCACACAGAAAAUUGACAAAAAAAGAGAAUAA